AUGACCAGUGACGGCAGAAAGCAAGAUUUUGAGGUGUAUCCAGGCCCUGAGGUCCAACUCGCAUCUAGCGAGGUUGGUAGAUGGAGGGUUCUCUCAAACGUCUCACGAAAGGUCUGGGGUGAUGACCCACGAGAGCGUAAAUAUGUUCGGAAGUUGGAUACUUUCCUCUUCUCUUACGUACUUCUCGGGUAUUUCAUCAAGUACCUCGAUCAAAAUAACUACAGCAAUGCUUUCGUCAGCGGCAUGCAAGAAGAGCUUGAUCUUUAUGGCAAUGAGAGAAACCUCCUAAACACAUACUUUAACAUUGGUAUCAUUUUGGGUACUAUCCCAGCCCAGAUGAUCCAGUUAAAAUAUGUACCGAGUGCCAAAAAUGUGGAGACGCUUUACGCUUUGCGAUUUUUCAUAGGACUUCUCGAGUCAUGUUCCUUCCCAGGUUUCGCUAGCAUACUGGGCAGUUGGUACGGCAAGUCUCAACUCGCCAAGCGUAUGGCUUUGUUUGAGCAGACAGCUGCGAUUGCUGCUGGGCUGUCUGGCUGGAGGUGGCUCUUCAUCAUGGAUGGAGUCAUCUCGAUACCAAUCGCUUUGUAUGGAUUCUUUGCGCUUCCUGACUUACCACACAAUACCAGGGCUUUCUACCUCCAAAAAGAAGACCGUGAAUAUGGCAUGGAGCGCAUCAAAGCUAUGGGUCGCAAACCACCAUCGAAGCUAACUCUGAAGGCCAUUAAGGAGAUAUACACUUCAUGGCAGCUUUGGGCUUUCAUACUUCCGUACCUGAUGGUGGCUGAAGCUGGGUCUGGUACCGGAUACUUCAACCUCUUUCUUAAGUCGGAGGGUUAUAGCGUCGUCAAGACGAACAUCCUCCCGACGAUAGUCGCAGCGUUUGCUAUGGGCUGGCUUUCAGAUGCCACGGGUAGUCGAGUACUGACGGUAAUGUUCGUACAGGCAAUGGUGCUUGUGUCGAACAUCAUCCUGUCAAUAUGGAACGUUCCUAAGGCGGCCUUGUUUGCGGCCUUCUACUUGAGCUAUACCGGCGGUGCGGCUCAGCCAAUUGUCAUCAGCUAUGGGCACGAGAUCACGCAAUCCAAUGCAAAUCUCCGACAACUGCUGGUCGCUACGGGCAAUAUUUUUACCUACACCUUCAGUGCUUGGAUGCCCGUUGUGCUAUUUCCGACAUUUGACGCCCCCAAGUACAAGUAUGGUUACCAGAUACUAAUUCUCUUCGGCGGGCUGGCCGUUGCGGGCAUGUAUCUGCUUGACUUUCUGUACAAACGGGACUUGAAACGCAACCCACAGCUUUACGAGGUCGAGCAGCAAUCCGAUAACGAUCAUCUCACGUCAGAGAGACGUCGUGACGAUAGUUUGAGGCCCCGUCGGAAUGAUUUUGAGAGCCGAUACGGAACCGUCGGACACUCAGGAUCUUCCAAUUUUAGUGAUGAUCUAGACAAAGAACGGGAGAAUUGGCAAUGA